AUGGAUUUCUUAGACAAUGAUCCCCUGGUCAAGUCCGUGACCGAGUACGUAAAGUCGUACAUGAGCAACUACGACGCGUCACACAGCUUCGACCACAUCGAGCGCGUCGUCGGCCUCGCGCGCCGCAUCGCGUCAGAGAGUCCCGUCGAGCCGGCCCUCGACCCCCGCAUCGUCGUCCUCUCGGCGCUGCUCCACGACGUCGGCGACAGGAAGUACCUGCGGCCCGGCGAGGACCCGACGACGGCCGUGUCCAGCAUCCUCUGCGACCUCGGGGCCCCGCCGGAGCUGGCCGCCGCCGUGCAGGCCGUCUGCCUCGGCGUCAGCUACACGGGCGAGGUACGCGACCCGGAGCGCACCAGGGCCCUGAUCGCGGAACACCCCGAGCUAGCCGUCGUCCAGGACGCAGACCGCAUCGACGCCGUCGGCGCCGUCGGCAUCGGCCGCCUGUUCACCUACGGCGGCGCCAAGACCGGCCGCAGCAUGGCGGGGUCGAUGGAUCACCUUGAUGAGAAGCUCGUGCGUCUGGAGGGGAUGAUUAAGACGGAGCCUGGGAGACGGUUGAUCAAGGAACGAACAGAGAGGCUUCGGCUCUUUCGAGAGUGGUGGGUUGAUGAAGCCGGUGCAUCUGCCGACCUGGCCAAGAAGUGA